AUGGCUGGCCGUGGUGAGCAGCAGGACCUCAGCCUGCCCAAUGGCACCCCUGUUGACACUUCUAGCCCAGCCUCCUCCUCUUCUCUUCUCAACAGACUGCAGCUGGAUGAUGAUUUGGAUGGGGARACUAGAGACCUCUUUGUUACUGUUGAUGAUCCCAAAAAACAUGUCUGCACAAUGGAGACAUACAUCACAUACAGGGUUACAACCAAGACCACACGAGCGGAAUUUGAUUUGCCAGAGUACUCUGUCCGCCGGCGGUACCAGGACUUCGACUGGCUCAGGAACAAGCUGGAGGAGUCUCAGCCAACGCACCUCAUUCCCCCUCUUCCUGAGAAGUUUGUGGUGAAGGGUGUUGUUGAUCGGUUUUCUGAAGAAUUUGUGGAAACAAGAAGGAAGGCAUUAGACAAAUUCCUGAAAAGAAUCACUGAUCACCCGGUGCUUUCUUUUAACGAGCACUUCAAUGUGUUUCUCACCGCCAAGGAUCUUAAUGCCUACAAAAAGCAAGGGAUGGCAUUGCUGUCGAAGAUGGGAGAGUCUGUCAAAUAUGUCACAGGAGGCUACAAACUAAGAAGUCGGCCACUGGAGUUUGCAGCUAUUGGAGAGUAUCUAGACACGUUCUCUCUAAAGCUUGGUACUAUUGACAGGAUAGCACAGCGGAUUAUCAAAGAGCAGUUGGAAUACUUGGUGGAGCUACGAGAAUAUGGACCUGUUUAUUCAACCUGGGGUGGGCUGGAGGUUGAAUUAGCGGAGCCGCUGGAAGGGGUGUCUGCCUGUAUUGGGAACUGCUGCACAGCUCUUGAAGAACUCAGCGAAGACAUGUCUGAAGACUUCCUGCCUGUGCUUAGGGAAUAUAUACUGUACUCGGAAUCAAUGAAGAAUGUGUUGAAGAAGAGAGACCAAGUCCAAGCGGAGUAUGAAGCAAAACUGGAAGCAGUAGCUUUGAAAAAAGAAGAACGUCCAAAGGUACCCACAGAUGUUGAGAAAUGUCAAGACCGAGUAGAGUGUUUCAAUGCUGAUCUGAAAGCAGACAUGGAGAGAUGGCAGAACAACAAGCGACAAGACUUUAGGCAACUACUCAUGGGGAUGGCAGAUAAAAACAUCCAGUACUACGAGAAGUGCCUUACGGCGUGGGAGUCGAUUAUACCACUAUUGCAAGACAAGCCAGAGACCAAAUAAGAAGUCCAAAUAAGAAGUACCUUCAUGGACAGUCUAGCACUUCUGUGCUCAGUACCACUAGGCAUACUGGAACUGUAUGAAGGACUCUCUUGUUGAGUUAACUGAAGUGCCAGCUGUGUUUAGGCUGGAACAGACCUUCUGAAAACUAUUUGAUUUUUUUUCCUCAUUGUCUGUGUUUAAACUGGGUAAUAUUUCAUCUUUUUGAGUUACCUUGAAUGGUUCCUUCUCCAUCCUAUGGAGUAAUCCUGGGAUUAUAGUGAAAAUGCAUGGGGAUCUAAAUAAAACUUACCUCUUUAGUAUAGAAGGAACUGAUGAGUGGAACACUAAAAAGAUGAAAAUAAACUCUACUGCAAGGUGCCAAAUGAUGUCUUUAUUACCAUUUUGUUUUGUUCAAUUUAAAAAAGAAAUAAUUAUUGCCUUCAUACAGUACUUCCUAACCACUCCUUAUGUAUGUUGUAGAUGGAGAGGGAAAGACUGGAAAAGAAGGUUUUCUGUUUUGCUGCCACUUGUAUGGUCCAUCUAGAUAAAAUGAUUUUCUCUACUUUUCUGUCUGGGAUUUGGACUGGUUCUAGAUUGAACAUACUGUCACCAGCUGCAGAAAGCCUGGGAUGCAAGCAUGAACUGUGGUUUCUGUGAGUGUGGCAUGCUCUUGGUUCAUACUGAACGUCUCUGUUUACCUUGGUGAUUAUGAAGUAAUGUCAGUAGGCUGACGUGUACUUGUGACUGAAUUGGGGAUAAAAUAGACCUGGGCGUGGGACUGGGUUAAGUAGCAGCCUCCCGAAGCUUCUGGGGAUGAUGGAAACAAGUAUGAGUCUUCGUUGUAUUUUUCCUUUUUCUAAAGCUAUCUCUGGAAUUUGCAUGGUAGAAUAUUCCUGAUCCCUUUUUAARUCUAUUUUUUUCUGAACUAGAGCUCCUUUGGGCUUGAUCACCAAACGUACUUGCUGUAGUAAAGAUAGAACUUUGCUUUCUCUCUCUCUCUCUCUUUCUUUGCAGCAGCCAAAAGCCAAAAAGUGUCAAGUACUUGCUUAUAUCAAGCAUCAUCAUGAGUGUGAAACUUGCCUUAUAAGUGUCAGUGAGGUCUGGUAAGGAAAAAAUAAGAUAUUACCCCUGUAAGGUACAUAUAGUGUUCAUAUCUGUCCUUGAGCCACAUGGAAUAUGUUCUGAGACUCCAUUCAGUUUCUGUUGGCCUUAAAUGUAAUUGCUUGUGCAAGUCCCUUCUUUCCUUUUCUCUCAUGCUCCAGUCACAUGUAACUGCUCCCAUGUUGAUAGUGGCCUUAGAUAACCUCUAGAGAACCUAAUGCUGCCAUGACGGAUCUGAGAUCCGUCAGAGAAUUAACAGCAUGCAGAUAAUUCUGGGUUAUUAACAGCAUGCAGAUAAUUCUGGGUUAACUCUUCUAUCUGUUAAGAAUGAGGAGGUUUGGGGCUUGUGUCAAAGUAACAUCAGGACUGGAAGAAAUAAAUAGCCUUGAAUGCUUCUACUAAACUUCGGAGCGACUGCUUGAUCUCUUGGAAGGAACCUGAGUUCAGUAAUUGGAAAUUUACAACUCUCCUGCUAUCCUGUGGUGAUGUAUCAAAUACCACUUUGGUUUGGAUUGUGUCCUUAAACACUAGAUGUGCCUGAAGUACCUCUGCUCAGCUCGGAGUCUUUAUAGCAACCAUCAAGAUGAGUUAUCAUAGUGCCAUGGUGGUUGCCAAUGUGAUAGGCCACGUGUGGGAAAAGUUUAAGGCAUUUAAGAGGUUUUUGUUUUUGACAUGACUUCCUUUAACAACUUGGGGGUGCUAAAGAAAAAUUACACUUUGCGAUUUAAGCUGCCAAGGUUUCAUACACUUACUUGGUGUAACAAGGAAUUCUACUUUACAUUGCUCUUAGGAUGCUCUUAGGUGCAGAACAACCAACUGCUCUUGCUUUUCAAAGAGAGGGUUUAGAGGGAUUAUGUUGAAGCAGUGCCCGGUAUUUUUAUCUAUCUGUCUUCUCUUCUAAGAUAAAUUAUUCUAAAAGCAUAUUAUUAAUAAUCUGACCACCUUCAAGGAUGCAGUCAGUAGAUGAGCCAUGUUCUCGAUUCCAGUGCUCAUGAGAUAAACAAAAGGCUAGUCCUUCUAGGCCGUCCUGCCUCCCCACAAACUGAGAUUAUCUGGGUGUUUUCCUCAGGAAGCUUUUGUGACCCAGAUCCUUUCUGUCACAUGGAGUUUCCCAGUUGACUUUGCAUCGUUGAGAGUCAACUGAAACUUAUUUGGAACUCAGAUUUAGAUGUUGUUGUAUCUACCCCAUCAAAAAGGAGCACAAGAUGAGCAGAAAAUACCUUUCCUUUGCAGGUGAGUAAACUGUCUGAUGCCUGACAAGAUUUAUGUGUUAUUCCCCCACAGUGAAAUAGAUUGAGAUUCUCAGUAAGGUUUUCUUGAGAAGUGCAGGUGAAUAUUAGGAGCAUAACAGAUAAUGGCAAGUCACAAGUUUAAAUUGUCAAAAAACAGUUUCUGCAGAAACUAAGUUUGGAUUUUCUUUAAUCCAAGGCUUCUGAUUCUGAAGUCUUAGUCUUCACUACUGGAGCUAGUUGUGUUUUCAUCUCAGAUAAAUCCCUUUUUGGUAAAACUGUUGAGAGGUAGGCAGACUGUUUCCUUCCUGAAGUGGCUCUGUGGCACCUACCAAAGUAAUUGAGAGGAAAGGCUAGAUCUGUUACUUCAGGCUGUGUAUSCCUUGGAAUAGGAUUCCUUGGAGGACUGGAAAAAAACCCCAAACCUCUCAAAUAUCUACAUGGAAAGUAAAACUUUACAAAAGAGGAAUCCUAUGCAAGAAUCGUGUAGAAGAGUUUGUAGAAGUGGUAAGCACUACUGAGGAGUCUUCUUAAAAAAAGGUCUUCUUGWAAACCAUGAUAUUAUUAUUGUGUGAGAAGCUGUGAAGUGUGGAGAGACUCCUGACUUUGAGACUUGAUGCAGCAGGACAGGGAAGGCCAGCUUAGAAAAAGGCAAGAAACUUCUGUAGGAUGUAGAGAGUAGGUUCACUAGGUGCUGUUACUGGGAGGCUGAGACCUGACUGAGCUGCUUGUGCAGCUUUGCAGGGUGUCUCUGUAUUUUAAAAGCCCAAAUGCUAAUGGUUAAAAGCAAGAGAUUCUGUGAAAGGGAAGCAGAGARUAGUGCAGGAGCUUCAUGUUUCACCAACUUGGGUGUUCUAUCACUUUGGGUCGCCUUCUAUGCAUUCAGUUAAAUGAUAUCAAAAGUAGUUGCAGCCUUCCUGCAAGCCUAUGUAGGAUGCAUGUCCUUAAACACUUAAAUUAGCCCAGCCUACCUUUUAAUCCAGAGCGAGACCAAGUUUUGGCUCCGAGAAUGCCUAAUUCACUGCUGUCUCCAAUUACUUGCAUGCUGUUUCUAGGGUUGUUUCUUACUCAAGUGGCACCAGCACAAUAAAGCAAGCACUGAGAUCCUGUUUUCAUGCUCAGUUAUGAACUAUUGUUCAUACAUAUCAUCAGGUCCUGACUGUUGCAAUAAACUUAGACAUUAAAACAUUACUAUAGAUUUUUCAGGUAUCUAUUGAAAAAGAUGUGUUGGGUAUAGCCUCUAAGGGCAUUAACUCUUCAAACAUAAAUUGCAUUAAAAAUAAACUACCGAUUCUUCAAUGCAGUCUGUUUUGACUUAUUUUUUUGUCACAGUGACACUUCUUCUAGCGAUAAAGCAGUGUAACRAGAGGCAGAAAGGAACAAAAGCAAAGCGCAAGUGGCAGUGAAGGGGCUGCGGAGCUACCGUGAGAGAGUCUUGGAGGAGAUGCUCUCCCCAGCCCGUUCAUGGCGUAUGCUGCCUCAGGUGUCAGUCCUGUAGACAUUAACAUACAGAAAAAAAAAUCCCAGCCACACCAGGGACUGCCUGUGUUUUGAUAAGAUCCAUGGUUUUCUUGAAACUUACUCAUUCCUCUCAAGAAAUUGUGCAUGAAUAAUUUUGCAGGCUUUUAAAAGUCUAAGAUUCAGGUGCUUAUGACUGCUCUGUGCAAAAUAUGAUAGGCAGAAAUUAACUAGUUCAUACUCCUUAAAUCUUAAGGGUAGAACAGUCUUUCUCUUGGUAUUUAACAUUUUACUGCAAUAAGCAAUCAAUAGGAGAAAUGAGGUUUCUUUCUAAGAUGGGGGAUUUGCUAAUACUUGCAAAAUGCUUUUGACAGUAAAUCUGGGGGCUGCAGGAAUAAUCUUUGACUAUGAGGAAUAUGAAGGUUSCUUUUAAAACUCUCUGGGCAGUUCUACUUAGCAAAUUUUAAGAAAUCCAAUGGAUGUGAUUAAUUCUACAUGUGGCACUAUGGAGUACUACCAGUGUAUCUGUUGCAUAUAAGUACUCUGUAAUAAACUGGAUGAGUUGUAAGCCUGUUUGACUAAAGCAUGUUACUUGUCCAAAGAGUCCAAAUGCUCUUUCCAGAAAGACAUAUAUUGCCCUUAUGUAAGUGACUUGCCAAAAGCUAGAUGCUGCCCAAGCCAACCUUGAAGGUCUUGGUGCUCUGCACUUUGGUGAUGAACCCUUUUGUUAACUCUGCCACUGGUGUACAUAUCUACGCCUCCAGAUCCAGUUGGAGUCAGGGCUACUUUCCCACCAGCCAGAGGGACAGAUAUUUUUCUUACGAUAGUGAGCAACCAGGGAUUUUGGCCUUUAGCAUAUGGAAACAGCGCAGCACCACCUUUCUUCUCCUUCCCCUAUACCUGUAUAUGUCUGCUCCUUCUUAAGGUUUAGAGAGCUAUGCCACGUGCAUGAAGGCAAGCUUGCUUUGACUGAGUUAUGUUCAAAUAUCAGUACUGGAAACUGAACCA